AAAAUUGUCUUCCAUUUUUUAUUAAUUAAAAUAAGUCCAUUUAGCAGAAGAGAAAAGUGUGAAAAAGACGUAAAUUAAAAUUAAAGAGAGGGUGAGAGUGUUGAGAGAGUAAAGAGGGAGGGGAAAAGGGUGAGACCCUUUGCUGUUGACUGAUAUAUUCUUCCAUUUUGUUUUCCCUGAUCCCAAACAGAAGACAGCAGACAUGAGUUCCUGAACUAGGAUGCCGGAUUUUCAGCAGAGCGUGAAGCUAAAGUAUGUGAAACUAGGAUACCAUUACCUCAUGUCACACAUCUUCACUCUCUGCCUGUUACCUCUCAUGUCCGUAAUCCUCCUCCAAGCCUCCCAGAUGAAAGCAGAGGACAUUCACCACCUCUGGGCCCACCUCCAGUACAACCUAAUCACCGUCCUCGCUUUCUGCGCCAUCCUAGUUUUCGGAUCCACCCUUUUCAUCAUCACCCGAUCCAAAUCCGUCUACCUCAUCGACUACUCCUGCCACCGUCCCCCUCCCCACCUCCGCGUCCGCUUCCACCAAUUCAUGGACCACUCCACCCUCACCGGAGAUUUCCUCCCCUCCUCCCUCGACUUCCAGCGCAAGAUCCUCCUCCGCUCCGGCCUCGGCCAGGACACCUACCUCCCCGCCUCCGUCCACGCCAUCCCCCCCAACCCCUCCCUGGCCGCCGCCCGGGAGGAGGCCGAGCAGGUCAUGUUCUCCGCCCUCGACAACCUCUUCGCCAACACCCACGUCAAACCCAAACACAUCGGCAUCCUCGUCGUGAACUGCAGCCUCUUCAACCCCACCCCUUCCCUCUCCGCCAUGAUCGUCAACCGCUACAAGCUCCGCGGCAACGUCAAAAGCUUCAACCUUGGCGGCAUGGGCUGCAGCGCCAGCCUCAUCGCCCUCGAUCUCGCCAAGGACUUGCUUCAGGUCCACCGCAACACCUACGCACUCAUCCUCAGCACCGAGAACAUCACGCAGAAUUGGUACUUCGGCAACAACAAGGCCAUGCUCAUCCCCAAUUGCCUCUUCCGCCUCGGCGGCGCCGCCAUACUCCUCUCCAACAAACCCUCCGACCGAUCACGCGCCAAGUAUAAGCUCCUCCACGUUGUUAGAAGCCACAAAGGGGCCGAUGACAAGGCCUUCCGCUGUGUCUACCAGGAACAGGAUGAUGUGGGGAAAACCGGUGUUUCUUUGUCGAAGGAUCUCAUGGCAAUUGCUGGGGCUGCUCUCAAGACUAACAUUACCACUUUGGGUCCCCUUGUGUUGCCCCUCAGCGAGCAGCUUCUUUUCUUUUUCACCCUCUUUCUUAAGAAGCUUUUUAAUUCCAAGAUGAACCCUUAUAUUCCCGAUUUCAAACUCGCCUUUCAUCAUUUCUGUAUCCACGCUGGGGGGAGGGCCGUGAUUGAUGAGCUGGAGAAGAAUCUUCAGCUUCUGCCGGAACACGUCGAGGCUUCUAGAAUGACGCUGCAUAGAUUUGGAAACACUUCUUCCAGUUCGAUUUGGUAUGAGCUGGCUUACACGGAGGCCAAGGGCAGAAUGAGAAAGGGGCACAGAGUGUGGCAGAUUGCGUUUGGGAGUGGAUUCAAGUGUAACAGUGCGGUGUGGAAGGCACUUACACAUGUUACCCCCUCUCCCAAUACUCCUUGGGAAGAUUGCAUUCAUAACUAUCCCGUUCAGAUUGUUGCAUAGACACUGUACUACUACUACUACUAUUCUUACCGCGUUCAACCAACUCAAAUUAUAAUCAAAUUGGAUAAUCAAUAUUGGACUUCAUUGUUUUUUGGCCAUAUAUAUUAUGGAUUACACCAUCAUUUCAGUCA